AUGGCUGCACCGAGGAGACUUCGAAUGGCACUGCUCGAACACGAACUAGCUCAAGCAAGGUUCCAGUACUACCUGGUCCUGGCGGCAAUACUAGAAGCCGCCGAGAGGGAGCGACAGAGGGCCCGCAGAAGAGAAAGACGCUGGUGGGUGCGAGAGUGGAUCCUACGCAGACCCCUUUUCGGCCAGUACGAGACUCUCAUGAAGGAACCCGAGGCCGAGCACGCUGCCGACUUCAAAGCCUUCCUCCGCAUGGAGCCACAGAUGUACUAUGAGUUGCUUAACCGAGCUGGCCCCCGCAUUACCAAGAGUACAACGCAUCGAACCCCCUUGGACCCUGGGCUGAAGCUGGCAAUCACCUUGAGGUUUUUGGCGACCGGAAGCAGGUACCACGAUCUUGCGUUUGCGUUUCGUUUCCCACACAACACCAUCGCCCUUUUCAUCCCCGAGGUGUGUCAGGCCAUCUACAACGUAUACGAGGAUGAGAUGUGGGCCACUCCCCAGACAGAAGAUGAAUGGCGCCCGGUGGCCGAGGGAUUCGGAGACAGGUGGAACUUCCCCCACUGUUGUGGCGCGAUCGAUGGGAAGCACGUCGCAAUCAAGAAGCCCCCCAAGAGUGGCUCACUCUACUACAACUAUAAAGGCUUCUUUUCUAUCGUCAUGUUCCGAUGCCGGCAUCUUUAA